AUGGAUCCAACCCAGCCGGGGGAUAUGCAAGAAAACACCCAAGAAGAGGUGACCGAGCCUUCGAAUGGCACGGUUAAGCGACGAUGGAGGCGGAAUCGCAUAGCCUGCGACUCUUGCCAUUCUCGUCGCGUGCGAUGCGACCGGGUAUUUCCAUGCUCGCGCUGUCUUCGCAGUGAUGUCCGGUGCGAAUUCACCCGAGAGCGUCGGAAACGAGGGCGCAUCGCACGGUCAAUACAAUCGGGGGCAAAUGGCGUCUCCGGGAAAGCCACAGAUGCUGUUUCGCAUGGACAUGUUGCCCUGUCGAAAGCACCUGUGGCUGUCAAUGAGCCAGCGGCAUCGCCGGUACAAAAUGGUUCGCCCGCUUCGAGCGUUCCAAAUCGAUCGCCGGGCACGAACGAUAUCACGAGGAUGUCGGCGCCGAGUAUCGAUGAGCAACCCUCUCCAGCGGAGAUACCACAGUCGGCACGCAAGCCCGGGCCAGGAGGAAAUGCGACAGAAGAAUGGCUCUCAGCGGCAAACGUUUCGAUCGAUGCUUAUGACAUAUUAGGGGGCGCAGGCUGGUCUGAUGGUGCUCAACCGCGGAUGCUGGAUAUAUGGAAUGGAGUCGAUCUCGCCAGCUUGAAUGGCCAUACUCCUCCCGGAUCGAAGACGGGUGGCAUGGCACAGACGCCCGGGGCGUCAUCAACAUUGAAAUACCCCGUGCUGCAGCCUUUGAUGCCAUAUCUUGAAUCGAACCUGCCCCGGAGGCUGGUUUUCGAUCUUCUUGAGCUGUAUUUCACCAGCGCCUUUUCUACUCAUAUGCACCCUGUCUGCCACCAUAUACAUUCCUAUAUUCUACGCAAGGCCUCGUUUCUUAGUCGCGAGUUUCCCAGGCAUAGCAGCCCAGCACUGUUGGCUAGCAUGCUGUGGGUAGCUGCACUAGAUGAUCGGGCUUUUUCGUUGUCUAUUUCUCCAUCCCAACGAAAGAAGAUCUGUCAGUUUUUAUGUGCGCUCACCAUUCGACUCUUGCGACCGUUGAUACAUGUUUCUUUUAAGGAACAAGGGUCUUCUGCUGGGAGCGAAGCCGCCUAUGCUGCCUUUGGUCAUGACUGUCCGCCCGCUACUGUACAUCCUCCCUUUGAAGGUGGUGGCGAUGAUCGAGGGCUUGUAGGACCUGCUGGAUCGCUAGAUGAUAUUAUCACUUAUAUACAUGUUGCAUCUAUCAUCUCCGCAAGUGAACAAAAGGCAGCGAGUAUGAGAUGGUGGCACGCAGCGUUUACUUUAGCCCGCGAGCUGAAGUUAAAUCAAGAGAUCGAUGUGAUGCCCAAUGUAAAUAACCAACCGGAAGGAUCAAGUCCAUCCUUCGACUACUCUCUCCCAGGGUGGUGUGGCGUGGAGAGCGGGCCUUUCUUCGACUAUUCAAACCCAUCACGACCCAGCUUGAACUGUGUCUGCGAUCGGACCCAUGAUCCACAUGGUGCGAUUACAGAGGAGCAUCGCGAAGAGCGUCGGCGAGCUUGGUGGCUCUUGUAUAUUAUGGAUCGUCAUUUGGCCCUGUGCUACAACCGACCAUUGGCCUUGCUAGAUGCUGAGAGCGAAGAUCUCCUCUUGCCACUCGAUGAGGGAUCAUGGCAGGCUGGAAAUGUUCACAGCAACAGUCCAAAACCAGACGGACCGCAGUGUCUAUUAUCUGGUGACAAGAAUAAGCGCCGCGUUUUUCCAAAUUUCAUAUGCCAUGAUCACUCCAUCUUUGGUUUCUUUCUGCCACUGAUGACCAUUACCGGUGAAUUGAUCGAUCUCAAUCAGGCAAGAAAUCAUCCUAUGCUCGGAGUGAGAUUUCGGGGCAAAGAGGCAUGGGAUGUCCAUGUCACUGAAGUUCUACGCCAACUCGAAAUGUACAAAGCCAGCCUCACCACCUUCGCUGCCACAGCCUCAGACCCAGAGGCACCUCUAUCUACGGCCUUUUCCGCAUCCAAAUCAGAUCACCCCCCAGUCGAGCCUUCUCUAUCCCAAGCAUAUUCAUGGCACACACAAACCGUCGUUGCCUAUGCAUCCUACUUGGUGCAUGUGUUGCACAUUUUACUGGUUGGCAAAUGGGAUCCGGUGUCGCUAAUUGAAGACAAGGACUUCUGGACAUCCUCCCCUGCCUUUGCGUCUACCAUCUCCCAUGCUCUCGAUGCGGCAGACUCAGUCGAGCAGAUCCUCCGGUUCGAUCCCGACAUCAGCUUCAUGCCAUACUUUUUCGGCAUCCAAUUACUCCAGGGUAGCUUCUUGCUGCUUCUCAUUGUCGAGCGCCUACAGAAAGAAGCAGGCGAGGGCAUUCUGAACGCGUGCGAAGUAAUGAUCCGCGCCACCGAAUCAUGCGUGGUCACACUUAAUACUGAAUAUCAAAGAAACUUCCGCCAAGUGAUGCGGAGUGCCGUAGCCCAGGCACGUGGACGGCCGGUCAAUCAUAGCGAGAUUCGGCAUCGACGCAAAGCCGUUCUAGCGCUCUACCGAUGGACCAGGAAAGGAACCGGGCUGGCCCUCUAA